AUGGCCGGCCGGCCCACCACUCCCAACCCCGUGCAGACCCUGCAGGAGGAGGCGGUGUGCGCCAUCUGCCUCGAUUACUUCACGGACCCCGUGUCCAUCGGCUGCGGGCACAACUUCUGCCGCGUGUGUGUGACCCAGCUGUGGGGCAAGGAAGACGAGGACAGGGAGGAAGAGGAAGGUGGAUGGGAGGAGGAGGACGACGGGCAGGCCGAGGGGGCCAUCGGUGGGUGGGACAACUCCAUUCGAGAGGUUUUGUACCAGGAGAGUGCUGACGGGCUGUCCCGGGACCCGGAGGGCGAGCCCUGGGUCGGAGAGAGUGGCAUGAGGACCUGGGGCAGCGCGGACUACGCGUGGGACCUAGAGGAGGAGGAAGAUGGGGACUAUUACCUGGGAGGCCUGGGAAUUGACAUCUACGAAGAAGAGGAGGUACUGGGAGGAUACGAUGAGGAAGAACUGUAUCCUGACACCCGCGAGCCUCCUCCCCGGCCCCCUCCGGCCCCUCCGCGGCAGUUCACCUGCCCCCAAUGCCGAAAGAGCUUCACAAGUCGCAGCUUUCGCCCCAACUUGCAGCUGGCCAACAUGGUCCAGGUGAUUCGCCAUAUGUGCCCCACUCCGUAUUCAGGGAGCCUGGGGGACGACAAGGGUAUCUGCUCCAAACACCAAAAAGCCCUGAAGCUCUUCUGUGAGGUGGACAACGAGGCCAUCUGUGUGGUGUGCCGAGAAUCCAGGAGCCACAAGCAGCACAGCGUGGUGCCAUUGGAGGAGGUGGCGCAGGAGUACACGAUAGUAUAG